AUGGAGAUUGGAGCUGAAGUCUGGAUCACAACAAUGAAGCAAAUGAAACGGUUCGAGGUCUUCCAUCUGACCUCCCUGAGAAGAAUCUUGAAGAUAAAGUGGUUCUUCCAUAUCUCCAAUGAAGAAGUUCUCAGGCGUGCUGGAAUUAAGUCUAUUGAAACUUUCAUCGGUUCGGCUAGACUAAGGUGGUACGGACACGUUAUCAGAAUGCCAGAGACACGGUUUCCCAAUUUUUCACUGGAUUGGAAACCAAGCUAUGGAAAGAGACAGAGAGGACGACCUCGCAAAGGCUGGAUGGCCUGUGUACUUGAGGAUGCGGCUGACUUUAUAGGUGUCGAUAACAUCAGCAGAGACGCAGUAUAA